AUGGGAGUUCAGAUGGAGUGUCAUGAUCGCUACUUCAUGAUAGCUGUUGACCUCACGUUUUCUGGGAAUGAGACUCGAUUUGAAGCUGUUGACAGGACAGGUGUUCACCGUCUGGAUGAGCAAUAUGCUGCAAAGUGCGGAUAUACUAUCGGCCUCCUCGAAAUGUUGGGCCGCGUGCAGCUCAGAGCCUCAUACUUCAGUUGUCACACUGAAAACAAGGAUGAUGUAGAGUUCAACUUUAGCUUCAACCUGAUUGUACCACAUGAUGGCGAGGAGAUGGCCUACUCUUUAAACAAGACCUGUUCUCCCUCUCUCCCCUGGUCCCCGAGAGAGGUUACCUGUGAGACUAACUUCAUGGAGGUGUCUGUGAGGAGUGAAAUGACUUGUCCAACUGGGACUAGGACGGAUGACUGGAAUGACCUCAGACCUGCACAUGGUUCUAAAACUUCAGACUGGCAGGUGAUGUUCCGCAUUGGGGAUGAGCAGCAACCUUCCAUGACGCUCUCUGAAGCUCGACGACGAGGCUACAUAUUUGACAUGACUCAUGGGCGGCUGGUGCUGCGCACACCAUACGGACAACCUGACUCGUCCAAUACGCUGGUGAAUGGUGUGCCCAUAGAGGUGGUCCAUGCCACUCUCUUCUCCAGACAAAGCUGGAUCGUCCUCAUGGUGGACCUGGAGGCUGCGUGUUCUCUCCACGAGGGGCUGUAUGAUGAGGAAGGCUAUGUGGUGUUUGAGACUCCUGAGAUGUUGUACCCUGGUCUUGAAAGUCCAAAGAUCCAUAUUGGGCUGAAGGGUGCUCUGGACCACCAGUUGAAGAACUCAAGCUAUAUGAUUCAUAAUGACUCGGUCCAAAUUGCUAUUCCUUACAAUGCGGAAGGGGGACGACGGAAGAGUUUUGUGAGUGGAGGCCUUUUUGAGUUCUACGUCUUCCAGCUCUACAUGGAGCAGCUCUGGGUGGAUGAUGACGACAUAAUCACGAGACUGCGUCUACACCGGACCCUGUCCACAGCUCUGCUACCCCUUCACGUGUCUGCUCAAAACUUGACUCUUCUGGAGGAGAAGCUCUUCAAAGUCCACCUCGGAGACCUUCCUGAGGACGUACAGCUGGUGUCUGUGCAGCUCAAUGGCCGCCAGUUUAAACUGCCUCUGGCAAACACCAGCAGCUUCAGUGUAUCUAUGACGGAGCACAACGACACUCAUGGCUACACCCUUCAAGUGGCCUUUGAUGACCCCGUGGUCAAUCAGCAGUUCUCCAAAGAGGAUUCAGCGAUCCACCACAGCCUGGACAUCAACUACACGCUGGUUGUGCUGCCAGAGAAUGACUCCUUUCACCACUUCACAUCAGUCCUGGCACUGACAGAUGUUUCUCCACCAGUCUUCACUGGUGCUUGUUCAGAGUCUGGCGUCAGCUUCAAACUGAAGCACAGGCCCUUCGACUUCCUCUGGUACGUCAGUGUUGGUGACGAGGCCCUGACAUCAGAGCUGGCCAGCCAAUACUCGUACACCAUGAGCAACGACAGCAGCAGUCUGCAGAUCAGCGUGCCGCUCUUCACUCAAGGCUACGAAUACAAGAACGUUACUCUGGACGGCUUCUUUGGCACGUUUGAGAUCCUGGUGCGAAACGUGGAAACCGCUGAGGUGGCGAGCUCCACUGUGAAAACGUGCCACUUCACUCCUAAAGAGUUCAUCAUGUGUUCCACAGAUGGCUGGAUGACUGCGGCAGCAGACUUGCCUUUCAACAUCCCAAGAGUUGGCACUCCACCUGGACUCCACCUUGUGGACAGAUUCUGUACACCAAAAGAGACAAAUGGCAGCAGAGCCUUAUUUUCUUUCCCACUCAACAGCUGUGGUGCCAUUGUGAAGCUCAACGGGGGCAUGGUGACUUACAAGAAUGAGAUCUUCCUUCAUGAUCCAUCUGCAGAAAAACUGGCCACACUACAGUGUACGUAUCCCCUGGAAGGUCUGCAUCGCCUCUUCUCCGUGUACCGCUUUGACUCCGACAAUGUUGGUGUUGGCACCAUCACCCACUCUGCACCACCAACAGGCCUUCACAUCCCUGAGGUGAAGCCCACUGCAGCCCCGAAGACCACAAGAGCUACCAAGAGACCCAACCGAGGUCGAGUCCAGCCUGCAGUCUACAUCAAGGUCUCAAAGCUAAAUCACCAAAGCAAAGUGACUAAGGGUGAGUUCUCAAUUGCUGCACGUUAA